AUGAACCGAUUUAAUCUUGUGUGCUGGAACUGUAGGGGCAUCUCUUCGGGGGAUAUCUCCAACAGAGCUCAUAACUUCAUUCGUAAGUUUAAACCUCUUAUUGUUUGCUUUGUUGAGACUAAAGCUAAUGAAGAUCGGGUAUAUCGCUUCUGUCAAAAGCUCCCUGCAGAUUGGGAUUGGGCCGCAAUCCUUGCUGAUGGAUUCUCAGGGGGUAUAAUAGUUGCUUGGAAUAAAAUUAUUGGUACUGUCUCUCCUGUUGUUUCUUCUAGGAGAGCCCUGCACUUAGUUAUUUCUAAUAAUGUUUACUCUAAUUGUCUUAUUUCUGUCAUUUAUAAUGCCUCUAAUAGCCAGUCUCAGCGUAAUCUCUGGUAUGAGCUUUCUAAACUCUCUGCUUUUAAUAUCCCUUGGUUUCUCAUCGGGGAUUUUAAUGCUAUCACUUCUAGCGAGGAGCAUCGUGGUGGUUCGUUUGCUUAUUAUUCCCGUAAGGCUCUUAAUUUUCUUAACUUUAUUGAGGCUAAUAAUCUUCUUGAUCUUCAGUUUUCAGGUCCUAAAUAUACUUGGUGUAAUAAUCAAUCUGGAGUUGCUAGAAGAUGGGCUAUGCUUGAUCGUGGCCUGAUUAAUUUGGCUUGGUCUUCCUUGUUUGGCUCUUAUACUCUCCGGCAUCUUCCGAGAUUGCAUUCUGACCAUGCCCCUCUUCUUUUUUCUGGUUUUAAGCAUAUCUCUAAUCAUAAAAGCUCCUUUAGAUUUGAAAAUUAUUGGAUUGAUUAUAUUGGUUGCCAUAAUGCUGUUCAUUCUGCUUGGGAUUUUCAUCCUUAUGGUAAUCCUAUACAUGCGUUUACUCACCUUUUGGCUCGUUCUCGCAGUAAAAUCAUCGAUUGGCGUGCUUCUGGGUUGAGUAACUUAGAUGCUGAUAUUAUUAAUACUGAAAAUGCCAUUACCUCUUUGGAAGUUACUGAUUCCCUUAAUGCAGAUGAUCUCCCUGUGCUUGAGGAGAUGUAUGCGAAGCUCACUGCACUCCAGCGUCUUAAUUCCAAAAAGUGGUCUCAACGUGCUAGAAUGCAAUGGAUUCGCGAUGGGGACAUGAAUACAAAAUUUUUUCAUAACAUUAACGCACCCGUAGGCACUUCAACACCAUUUCUCAAAUUCGAGAUAUCAAUGGGGCUUCUUUCUCUAAUCGAUGUUUUAGCUGCCCUUCCGGAUGACCUUCCUUGUCUUUCUUCAGUUGAUUGUGAUUUCCUUUCGAGGGAGGUUUCUCGGGAGGAAAUUCACAUGACCGUUUUAGACCUUCCUUCAGGUAAAAGUCCUGGGCCCGAUGGAUUUAAUGCAGAAUUUUAUAAAUUUUUUUGGGCUGAUAUUGGUGAUCAAUUAACGGAUGCGAUUCAAUACUUCUUUGCUAAUUCGAUUAUGCCAUUUUCUUGGGGUAAGACUUUCAUUUCUCUUAUCCCUAAAAAGGAUAAUCCCUCCUCUGUUUCUGAUUAUAGGCCGAUAUCUUUAUGCAAUGUUUGUUACAAAGUUAUAUCCAAAAUUCUUGCUAAUAGAUUAAAAUUAGUCCUUCCUAAACUCAUUGGUCGAGAACAAGUUGGUUUCGUGGUUGGUCGGUGUGCUUUCGAUAAUAUAAUUGCUUUGCAAGAGGUUGUGCAUUCUCUUGAAAAGGAUUACCUGCACCCCCCUAGGAUGUUAAUUAAAAUUGAUAUCGAGAAAGCUUAUGACACUGUCAGUUGGAAUGCAAUUCUUGCUACCUUAACUAAAAUGAACUUCCCUUCUUCUUGGAUCUCUUGGAUUAGUGCCUGUCUUCAUUCUACUUCUUUUUCAUUGCUUAUUAAUGGUCAACCUUCACCUUGGUUUAAAUCUUGCAGGGGUAUUAGGCAUGGUGACCCUUUGUCUUCCUUCCUUUUUAUUAUUGUUUCUCAGAACCUUACUUCUAUUCUUAAUCAUGCUCAAAAUCUUGGGAUGAUUCCUGGAUUCUGUAAUUUACUUAAAUAUAACUUUAACCAUCUUAUGUAUGCAGAUGACCUUAUUCUUAUCACUCAUGCUUCUAGAAGGAUUGCCAGGAAUAUUAAUUUGUGUCUAUCUAUUUACUCUAAUAUCUCUGGUCAAUGUCCUAAUGUCAACAAAUCUGCUGUCUUUUUUCCCUCUUGGUUUAACUCUCGGGUGACCAAAAGUAUCAGCUCCAUUCUUAACUUUAAUAUAGCAUCUUUCCCUCUUACUUAUCUUGGUGUUUUCGUUUCUCCCAAGAGGUUAGCUAAGCAGGUAUUUAAUUCUAUGGUUAUUAAAAUUACUAGACAAUGCUCUAGAUGGAAUCAGUCCUUUCUUUCUCCUGCUGCUAAGGUGGUCCUUAUCAAUUAUUCUCUGCUCUCAAUUCCUAUAUAUUAUCUUUCUGUUUGCCCUGUUUAUGACACUACCCUCCAAGAGAUUAAUAGAGUUGUUAGGAGGUUCUUUUGGCAUAAAGGUAGCAAUCGAAACGGUAUUCCUGCUGUUGCUUGGGAUGAUAUUACUAGAUCUAAAACUGAGGGGGGGUUGGCUAUCCGUAAUCUAAUUCAUGCAAAGCAUUCCCUUAUGGCCAAAAACAUUCUCCACUAUUAUAAUUAUGAUGACUUCAUUUGGGUGGAUAUCUUGCAUGUUAAAUAUGGUGGGAAUAAUUCUUGGGUUGAUGUGCCUCCCGCCCAAUGUUCUUGGUUCUUUAAAGGUCUGCUUAGUUCGGCUCAUAAACUUAGAUCUUGUUUCUGGAUUAAAACUGUGAAUCCUAAUAAAACAUCUCUGCUUUAUCAUCCUUGGUGCUUGGAUAUUCCAUUAGCAUUUAAACCCACUUACAUUAAUUCUGAUUUGGAUUUGCAGUCGAUGAAUUUAUGUGAUUUUCUUUGCAAUGAUAGUUGGGACUGGAACAAAUUGUUCAUGCUUUUUGGAGAGAAUUUCCUCUUCUUUACUAAUAAGCUGGGUGUUAUUGAUUGUAGAUCCUCCAAUCAUUGGGUUUGGUCUCCCAAGUCUGGGAGCUCUAAACUUGCUUCCUCUGUUUAUCAUUUCCUUAAUCAUAACCAUAAUUGGGUGGGGUGGAAGAAACUUUGGGAGUUAAAUGUUGCUCCUAGGGUUAAACACUUUAUUUGGCUUGUAUUCAGGGGUAGAAUUUCCACUUCUGAAUACUUAUACUCCAUUGGUUUGGGUCCCCGUAAUGCAUGUGCUCUUUGUGGGUUGAAAUUGGAAACGAUUGAUCAUCUUUUUGUUCAAUGCCCUCGUGCUAUUGAUGUCUGGACCUCGGUUUGUCAGAAGCUUAAUAUAUCUAUUAGCUUUCUGGAUGGAUUUCGGUCCGGUUCUUGGAUUACUUUUGAUGGGCAUUCCUUGUUCAUCAAAUCGGUCAUUGCUGGGCUGUGA